UGUUUGGGGGGAAGUAGACUCGUAUGGAUACAGCUCUGUAGACGAGUGUUUGAAUCGGUGGUGGCUGAUGGGUGAUCGUAUUCAUGGCAUGGAGUAAUGUGUAGGAUUAGCUUGGUGUUCUUCUGCACAGGAACUUAGCCAAAUUUUUUGAAAGUCUGUCAAGGAUUAAUUCCAUUUUUCAGGAUGACUGAUUGUGAUACAUAUCUUUGUUUAUGAUGGCGGACUUCAGUGUGGAUUUAACAAAACUUGGACUGAUAGUUGGACCGACGUUUGUGUGAUUUGUGUCGCAAAUGUAGACUUUUUUGAAAGAACAAUUUGUCAUUCAUCUUUUAUCGUGAGGUGUGUGACACAAUGUUGGCACAGUUUCCACUUUGUGAAAGUACACUUCACCUGAACAAAUAUUAAGGAAUUUGGCAAAUUGUUUACAGAAAGAAGGUGCUCUUUUCUCCAACAGUGAAAAAACAAACCAGCUUCAACGUUAGAAAACAAAAACACAACGUCAUCUUUGAACAACUUUGUGACUUCGUAACAAGAUCCUUAUUAAUGAGAUCUUGCUCAACAGUCAGCCGGCAAAUUGUUUGAAAUCAGCCUCAGUUCCUGUCGGGCGAUGUAACUAUCUAAUCUAGAUAAGUGUAAAGUCGAGAUAGCUGUGUUAUGUAAUUUCCCUUCCUCUUGAGAGGACAGACAGAAGCUAGGGGGAUUUCCACCUGGUAGCAUCCUUAAACAGUUCAGUCUGGACUGGUCAGAAAACUCGAGGAUUCUGACAAACUUACUGACCCUAUUAUAUAUUCAGUUCGUUUGUGGCACCGUCUGUUUGUGGGGACUGUAAGAUUUAGUUCAAACGUCCAGGACAAGUUCUAUAAAAAUAGCUUGACAACUGAUUCAAGAAUCGGAUCAAGAUCAAUGGUGCUCAAUCUGGAGAAAACUUGUCUUUAAAUUGUGUAAACUGGAUUGUGAAUUGACAACUUUUGAAAAAAACAAUUGAUCCUAAUUCGUCGAAGACAUCAGUUCAAGAGAACCAUCGUCUAGAAUGCUCAAGACCACAAUGCGUACAAUCUGAUCACCUUGUGCUGAUGUUGGAAGUUACCCUCAGGAUCAUUAGUCUGUGAAACAAGUCCUGGGAGCUGGGGGCACUGAAACAAUGCCGUGUCUCGGCCUCAAGAUGAAGCAGCAAGAUCACCUGGAGGGCAUCAACAUCAUGUCAGAAUGGCUAAACAUGGCCAAAUCGACGACUCCAACGCCGACCAACCGCGGCUCCAAUAGUACUCUGAAAGAGAAACUCCAGGAAGAGUUCCUCUCCUGCAAGAUAUGCCUUGAUCCCAUUCGCCGCCCCAAGGCCCUACCGUGCCUCCAUAGUUUCUGUGAACACUGCCUCAAGGAUUAUGUGCGACGGACGCCAGGGGGACGCCCCGGAUACUUCCCCUGUCCGAUGUGUCGGAAAGAAACGUAUAUUCCGGAGCGUGGGGUGGAGGACUUUCAGGACAAUUUCCUGUUGAUGAGUUUAUCGGAUACCCUAGAUGAAGAGAUUUGGGAACCUCCUGGAUUGAAUAAUAUAAAUCAUCAGUUGUCUCCCCCUAGACAUUUGUGUCCGCCUUCACCGCGGGAAGUGAACCUACGAAAUCAUGAAUGGUAUUUCGGCAAAGUGAGUCGAAAUGCCUCCGAGGAGUGGCUUCUGUCGCCAGGAUAUGCCAAAGGAACAUUUCUUGUCCGACAAGGAGAGGCAUCGCCAGACACGUAUACCUUGUCUGUGCGAGACUACGAUGAACUCCGAGGUUACCUGGUCAAGCAUUACAAGAUCUUCACCAGCCGAUCUGAAGACUCACUCAAGGAAUUCUACUUCAUUUCUGCUAAAAGAAUGUUUCGCUCUCUGCCGGAACUUGUGAACCACUAUAAAGAAAUCAUUGAUGGACUGUGCUGCAAGCUUACACAAGUGUGUUCUAAGCCUCGGUCUCUUCUGUGGGCAAUGGAGCGGGGCAAACAGGACGAGUACCUCACAUUGAAAUCCACCCUGGUUGUUAUCAAACGUCUAGGAAGUGGACAGUUUGCAGAAGUGUGGCUAGGAAAGUGGAAUUCAUCGAAAGAAGUGGCUGUGAAGAUGCAGAAACAGGACUGUGUAACUACGGCAGCAUUCCUGGACGAGGCACAAGUAUUAAAAACAUUACAGCACCCCAACAUUAUCAACAUCCUGGGAGUGUGCUGUGAAAACGAACCAAUAUACCUUCUCACGGAAUACAUGAUUAAUGGCCGAUUGUCGUUGUAUCUGCGAGAAGGCAAGGGGAAGAAUCUUGCACUCAGUCAGUUAUUGUGGAUUGGAGCACAGAUUGCUGAUGCCAUGGCCUACAUGGAGAAGGAAAAGUUUGUACAUAGGAACUUGGGAGCCCGAAAUAUUCUGGUUGGGGAACACAACAAGGUGAAGGUCGCCGGCUUUGGCAUGACAAAAGCCAUGGAUGAUCCUGAUUUUAACUUCAGGAGAGGUAGGAAUCAAGGUCUGAAGAUGGCAAUUAAGUGGAUGGCGCCGGAAGUAUUAUUAUAUAACAAGUACAGCACAAAGGCAGAUGUGUGGUCGUUUGGUGUCGUGCUCAUGGAGAUUCUCACAUACGGCAAAGAACCCUAUGAAGGACUGCCAAGCAAGGAAGCCUUUGAACAUGUGCAACAAGGCUACAGAAUGCCCAAGCCGGAUAUCUGUCCAAUUGAAGUGUAUGAUGUCAUCUUGACGUCCUGGAACACUAACUCUCACUCGCGGCCAUCCUUUGACUUUCUAAACACAUUCUUGCAUGACUUCGGCAGUUGAUUCUGCUGACAAGCAUGUAGGGAUUUAAUAGCCAGUAAAUUCGUCCUGCGUCGAUCGCCAAAGGGCAAGCACGAUAUGUAGCAAAGACUACUGGUGGAGAAAGUUGUACGCUGUGCUUGUGUCUGUUACCAUGGUUACAACGCAAAGGGAAGGAAGAUAAUCAUGGAAGAAAGAAGAAUUUUAGGAAAUGGUUUUAACAUGUGGACCGAGUUGGUGACGUGACCCAAGAAAGUUGUGAUUAAACUCUCAUCUGUGUUGUGAAAUACUUGGCAGCACCUGUGCAUGUGCUUUAAGACACUGAAUUGUCUCAGUGGUAUGGUGACAAAGACCAUACAGAUAAUUGUUCUUCAGUUUCUGUUGUAGAAACCUUGUUCAAACUCAGUUAUUGCAUUUAAUGAAAGUGCUAUGAUGUGGAGACUUCAUGGUGCAAGGGAGGUAACUCUGCCAAAUAGACCCAAACAGACUAUCAGUUCAAAGAAGACUGUUUCGCAUUUAUCUUUUUCAAUACGUUCAUCAUUUGUAAGUUAGUGUUCAAGUGGAAGCAUGCAUAGUCACAUUCAUAUUAGUCAUUCAUUGUCUUUGACCGUCAUUGACCGUUUGGUGUCAAUAUGGGGCCAUCACCAAACUGUAAAUCUCUCAAAAAGAACCACGGUUCACAAUGUAACUUUAUUUCAGUAAGACCGUUUGGUGUCAAUAUGGGGCCAUCACCAAACUGUAAAUCUCUCCAAAAGAAACACAGUUCACAAUGUUUAUUGAAGUAACAUUAGGGUUCCACUUUUCGAUGUGUAUACUACAAAUGUUCAGACAUAGAUCACUUGAAACACCUCCUCUGUAUCCGAGACUUGACUACACUGUCAUGGAGUAGUGGUCACACACGUCAUUCGGCUAAUUUUCACACAGUUUCUCAUACUAAGGGAAGACUCAGGUUUAUAUCGUUUAGUGGCACUGAUUAUGUGCAGAAAACUGUCAACUUUAACAUAAUGUAGAGUUCAAACCAAUAUUAAAAACACAUUACAAGGUGCCACUAUUUCAAAUAUUGGAAUGCUUGUCGUAGGAGCCGACUAACGGGAUCGGGAGGUCAGGCUUGCUGACUUGGUUGAAGCAUGUCAUGAUCUCAAUGCUCAUGUUGUCAAUCACAGGAUUGUCUGGUCCAGCCUCGAUUAUUUACAGACCGCCGUCAUAUGGCUGGAAUAUUGCUGAGUGCGGCGUUAAACAACAAACCAACCAACCAACCUACAUAUUGGACACAGAAAAUAUGAUUCAGAAAUUAAGCUAAGGUAUCAGGUCAUGUGCAUGUGGCGUUGAUUCACUGAUAGGUACCUUUGUGUUUGACAACUUUAGAUUUCUAUUCCUCAUUAUCCUGAACACAGGGGCAGUCGGGUAGCCUUGUGGUUAAAGCGUUCGCCCGUCAUGCCGAAGACCCGGGUUCGAUUCCCAACAUGG